AUGUCGUUAGACUUCAGCGGCGAGGGUGACGGCCUGGAUGAUGUUCGCAUGUCUGGGCCCAUGACCAGCCUUCUGGAGCUGCUUGUUGAUGAGCUCGUAUUCAACUACACCAUACAUUCUCCGGAAGACGGCCAGUGGGGGGUGCCACUCCCCAACGGUGACUGGAGCGGCCUGGUGGGCAUGGUCUACAACAACAGGGCCGACUUGGCUCUGGGCCCGGUCGCCAUCACGAACAGCUGCUCGCGUGCGGUCACGUUCACCUCUCAAGUGACCACAGACUACCUGACCAUACUGGCCGGUUUCUCAGACAUCGUUGAAGCCAGCAUGCUUGGCCCACUCAUGGCGUUUGAAUGGCAGGUGUGGCUUGGCCUCAUGUGCUCUCUCCUGGCGUGCUUGUUCAUGGUCAUCGUAGUGGAUGUGGUGGCCAGCGGCUGGGCAAGUGAGACACGCGGACUCUUCGGACGUUACUGGUGGCUCUUCGCGGCCAUUUGCUCGGGUCAGACAGAAAAGACACAAAAACGAGACAUGGGUGGCAACGCCGCGUGGAAGUUCCCGUACCUGCUGGCAGUGACGUCAUGA